AUGGUAUUAAAAUCGAAUUCAAGUGCAGUUGGCGAGGAGGGCUGUGACUUCGACCAACCGGUCUUUGUUAGCCCGCACUGCAGAGAAAGGUAUUGUGCAUGGAAAUACGACGCCGUCGUGGGAGAGAAUGUUACUCUUGUCUGCACGGUGAACUACACGGCUGACAGUGGUAGCUCGUUGUACUUGUCGUACGCCAGCUGCAGACAGCCCUGCUCCCCUCUGCGGCAAGACUGCCCAAGUAACAAGACUUUGCCAUGCCGCAUAAGCCACGUUAUUAGAGCUGUGAAAGAGAUUGACGAGGACAGAUGGACUUGUUCUGUGCACCAUCCGCAAUGCUUGAAUCAUAAUUCUAUAGAGUUGAAACUUAAUGUUAGGCCACAGAAAACUAUCAAGUUAGACAAGUCCCCUGUCAACCACACUGUAAGGGUUGGUGAGACGGUGUCUUUUGACUCGUAUGCCGAGGGAUACCCGGAACCAACCCCUGAAUGGUGGCACGAUGGUUUGUUCAUGGCCUCAUCGCCACAUAUUGAUAUGGAUGAUAAUGGUACGAUUACCAUAUAUAACGUAUCCAAAGACGACGCGGGCGUCUAUAGGGUAACGUGGGAGGGAAAGUAUGGUAAAGUAGCGUCCUCUGCCAAUCUGGUAGUUGAAGAUGAGCCUUCUCCGGCUGGACAUCAGUUUCAGUGGUGGUGGUUGGCUGUUGGAGGUGUAGGGGCAAUUGCUCUACUGGUAGUGACUAUAGUCGGUUUCAUUCGGGCAGUUUUUACCCCACACGUGGACGAACGAAACUUUGCAUAA